GCCUCCUCGCGUGUUCCCUCCCCCGAGUUCGAGCAGCUUAGUGCUCGCCGCUGCCUGUUGCUCAGUGCGGUGACAGCGCUGCUAAACAUGGCGUCGGAAGGAAUGAUAUUAACAAACCACGACCACCAAAUCCGAGUAGGAGUCCUCACAGUAAGCGACAGCUGUUUCCGGAAUUUAGCAGAGGACCGGAGUGGAAUAAACCUCAAGGACCUUGUGCACGAUCCAUCUCUGCUUGGAGGAACCAUAGCUGCCUACAAAAUUGUUCCAGAUGAAAUAGAUGAAAUUAAGGAAACAUUGGUGGACUGGUGUGACGAGAAGGAGUUGAACCUCAUCCUGACCACGGGAGGAACAGGUUUCGCACCACGAGAUGUCACACCAGAGGCCACAAAGGAAGUAAUUGAAAGAGAGGCUCCUGGGAUGGCUCUAGCAAUGCUGAUGGGAUCUCUCAACGUCACUCCUCUGGGCAUGUUAUCCCGGCCUGUUUGCGGGAUUCGAGGGAAGACACUCAUUAUAAAUCUGCCUGGUAGCAGGAAAGGUUCACAGGAGUGCUUCCAGUUUAUUCUGCCUGCCCUACCUCACGCCAUUGACCUCUUACGGGAUGCAAUUGUCAAGGUCAAAGAAGUCCACGACGAACUGGAAGACUUGCCAUCACCUCCACCCCCGCUGUCUCCCCCUCCUGCCACCAGCCCACACAAGCAGACGGAAGACAAGGGGGUCCAGUGUGAAGAAGAGGAGGAGGAGAAAAAAGACAGCGGCGUGGCCUCCACUGAAGAUAGCUCCUCAUCACACAUCACCGCAGCAGCCAUCGCAGCCAAGAUUCCAGACUCCAUCAUUUCCCGUGGCGUCCAGGUGCUUCCCAGGGAUACCGCCUCUCUUAGCACCACUCCAUCAGAAUCACCGAGAGCCCAGGCCACAUCUCGUCUCUCCACUGCUUCAUGCCCCACACCAAAACAAAUUAGACGGCCGGACGAAAUCAAAGGAGUUGCUAGUAGAGUCGGAUCCCUCAAACUCCAUCGAAAACUGGAGGAGCUCAGAGAUCACCUAGAAGGCAAUGUGAAGGGAUGCUCUCUCAGAGUAAAUGCUCGGCUCCCUUCCUGUUCAUCCACCUAUAGCGUUUCAGAGCUUCACUAUAGGUUGGAAGGGCUAAAAGAUGAACUCAGGACGCAUAGAAGCUACGAGUCACGAGUGCAGUCCAGGUGCAGCAGCAAAGAGAACAUCUUACGAGCUAGUCAUAGUGCAGUCGACAUUACCAAGGUGGCGCGAAGGCACCGUAUGUCUCCAUUCCCUUUGACUUCCAUGGACAAGGCCUUCAUCACAGUCCUGGAAAUGACGCCUGUCCUGAGUACUGAGAUCAUCAACUACCGAGAUGGCAUGGGUCGUGUCCUGGCACAAGACGUUUACGCAAAGGACAACCUGCCUCCAUUCCCUGCCUCGGUGAAGGAUGGUUAUGCUGUUCGAGCCGCUGAUGGUCCAGGAGAUCGCUUCAUCAUUGGAGAGUCUCAGGCUGGUGAACAGCCGACUCACACGGUGAUGCCUGGUCAAGUUAUGCGAGUGACGACAGGAGCUCCCAUCCCAUGCGGUGCUGAUGCAGUUGUCCAGGUUGAAGAUACAGAGCUCAUUAGAGAAUCAGAAGAUGGCACGGAAGAACUUGAAGUGCGAAUUUUAGUGCAAGCUCGGCCAGGACAGGAUAUUAGACCCAUCGGCCAUGAUAUCAAAAGAGGGGAGUGUGUGCUGGCAAAGGGGACUCACAUGGGCCCAUCAGAGAUCGGUCUGCUAGCCACCGUGGGGGUGACGGAAGUGGAAGUCCAAAAAUUCCCAGUGGUGGCGGUAAUGUCAACAGGCAAUGAGCUGCUUAAUCCCGAAGAUGAUCUUCAUCCUGGGAAGAUCAGAGACAGCAAUAGGUCGACGCUUCUCGCCACCAUUCAGGAACAUGGCUAUCCAACUAUCAACCUGGGAAUUGUCGGGGACAACCCUGACGAUUUACUCAAUGCCCUGAAUGAGGGUAUAAGCCGUGCAGAUGUGAUCAUCACAUCCGGAGGCGUGUCAAUGGGGGAAAAGGACUAUCUGAAGCAGGUGCUGGACAUCGACCUUCAUGCACAGAUCCACUUUGGUCGCGUUUUUAUGAAACCAGGUCUACCAACAACAUUUGCCACAUUAGACAUCGAUGGUGCUAGAAAAUUAAUUUUUGCCCUGCCAGGAAAUCCUGUUUCUGCCGUCGUCACUUGUAAUCUUUUUGUCAUCCCCGCUCUGAGAAAAAUGCAGGGGAUCUUGGACCCCCGGCCCACCAUUAUCAAAGCCAGGUUGUCCUGCGAUGUGAAGUUGGAUCCUCGCCCAGAAUACCACCGCUGCAUAUUGACCUGGCAUCACCAAGAGCCUCUGCCUUGGGCACAAAGCACAGGGAACCAGAUGAGCAGCCGUCUGAUGAGCAUGCGUAGUGCCAAUGGACUGUUGAUGCUACCUCCAAAGACUGAGCAAUAUGUGGAGCUCCACAAGGGCGAGGUAGUCGACGUGAUGGUGAUCGGCCGGCUAUGAUGUCGUCCACCGGCGGGCAGCGGCUAUGGUGCAUGUCCACAUAUCAUUGACUGUAAUAUGCAACGGCACAGCUAGAUUUUAUUGAUUGGGAUAAUAACUUUGAUCAGUAUAGUCGACAUCUUGAACACAAAACAAAACUAUAUAUAUAU